GCACAGUUUAGGGGCGGGGAAGUUGACAAUCUUCACCGCCGGAUAAAAAGUGGCUUAUGUUUGUCAAGGCCCCUUACUUACAGUUCUCUUUCCGAACUGUAUUCAGUAUCAAUGUUCAGGGCGGUCAGCUAUCCUUAACUAACUUGCCAGUCCACACGGCGUGGAAGCCGCGCCGUGACCCACGGGUCUUGGAUGAAAAAAAACGUCUGAAUGACGAACACCCCACGUCAGUAGCCUACAGUUGGAAACGCUGCAGCUAACAGACCAGAUACACGACCGGCGCUUCAUCAAACCGUACGUGACGGAUACUGUGGAAGAAGCGAACCGAAGGGAGAACAGUUGUAUGCUAUGUCAACGACCUGAUACGCCAACAUCUGUAAAAUCGGACUGCGGACAGCAAUGUGAAUGCAUUUGACUUGGACCACAUUUUAACACUUGUCAUUUGCUGUCUGCUUUCGGGAUAACAAAAGCGCCUUGAAUUCGAACAUAGUCAUUGGGAAAGACUGGGACGAGUGAAUGAGAAUGGAACCGCAGUGGAUUUAAUUCUGUGUUCAUAACAUCGCAAUGCAACAGUAGCUGAGUAAUCGCAUGGACAUGGAGUAAAAUGAGUUCGUCUGGAAUUUAAUAGAGGUUGAAUUAAAUGAGGAAAUUGUUUCGUUCGAUUUGAUCUUAUCGGAGGGGAGAGAAGUAUAGUGGUCUCUCGCUCUUGUGCUGGAGAUAGCCGAUAGCCAAGGAAAGACAGCCAGCUGUCUUGAGAACGUAGACGGUCGCUUUGGAAUGUAGAUAUACGAUUAUAUUCUUGCACGCUUUUUUGAAACUGUAAUGUGAUCUAAUACUAAGAACUAGAAACACGAUUUUGCUUGUAUAUAUUUUUUCAUUUCUGUUCAAGUCACAACCAACUGAACUUCCACGGAAGAAUAACAAUGGCCAUCACAACGAUAAGAAAGUGAGUCUCGGCCUGGCUUUGGAGCUUGUGGUGCGACUGCGAGAGAGGUUUCUCAACGCUGCCGCCGUUCGGCCUCAGAGAGUGUCCCGUGCUCCCGGCCCAAGCGGUUAGUCUGUACCAGCAGACUCCAGCCGCCCUGUCCCACAUGUGGUCCCUUGUGCUCAAUGACGGCAGUCCCCGGGUCUCUCCAGGAUGGAUGGUGUGGAUUUGACGGUCCUUGUGUGUCAUCAUCAGCGCUUGCUCCUCUGUGACUGUUUUCUGUUCUUUUCAAUUUAUAAAAGAACACCCCCUCUCCUGGGCCCGACCCCCCCUGAGCGCUGUAAAAGCAACAGAGACUGUUGUUGUUAAGUGACACUCACAGAGUUAAGUUACCCCACACCAUCAACAACUCCCAAGGGUUAUUCCGCAGAGAUUUUAUUUUAUACUCGUGUUAUGUGUAUAUAUAUUUUUUUCUCUCAGGAGUUUGUUUGGAGGAGGCACAUGUGUGUUUGGUCCUUCAAAACAAAAGUUUAGAUUUAUUGUUACUUGAGGUUUACAGUUACACCUAUUGUUUUCUGGGAGUUUUUUGUUCAUUGUAAUUUAUUUAUACUAUAUAUUUUGGAGCCUUUUUUUGUUCCUUACUGUCUCACAUCCCAACAAAUCUAUCAAACAACAUGUCUGAAACUGACCCCAACGACACAGUCCAGUACCUAGCGCCUUCCUCGCCUCCGCCAAAGAAUGUGAAUGGGUCCAGUUCGGACACGUAUGUCGGCGAGAAGCUCGGCACCACUGACACUGACGUUGUCCGCCGACGCCGCCAUACCAUGGACCGUGACCUCAAACAAGUCGAGCACCGCUUCUUCCGGCGCAGCGUCAUCUGCGACUCCAACGCGACCGCCCUCGACCUCCCCAGCAAGGCCGUCAUUCUCUCCUCUCCGCCCGACGGCGAGGCUUCCAGCCUGGGCUGGCUGUCCCUGGCUGUCCCUUCUUUUUAUCCUGUACCAGACCCGUGCUUGCCAGUGGUCGAGGUGGAUGCGGAGGAGGACGGAGGGGGUGGGAGAUCUGAUGGCGUUGUGCUGGGGGCUGGCGUCGCUACAGACAGGACAGCAGCAGAUAAGCCAGAGCCGAGCGCAGCGGAGUUGGAUGUUUGUCGAGGAGAAACGGAAAAGGAGCUGCCGUCGGCGGCCGCGCCGGUCCCCGGGAUGAAGGGCGUGGAGGCCAGGGAGGCGGGGGAGCCUGUGGAGGAUGGCGGGGGCACGGUGGAGGAGAGGCGGGAGGAGGACGAGAAGGGGGCUGCCAAGGCUCUGCUGGAGGAACAGAAGAGGGAGGCGGAGAAGAAAGUCCAGGAUGACAUAGAGGAGGUGGAGACCAAGGCCAUAGGAACCUCGCUGGAUGGACGCUUCCUGAAGUUUGACAUCGAGAUUGGCCGCGGCUCGUUUAAGACGGUUUACAAAGGCCUGGACACGGAGACUACAGUGGAAGUUGCGUGGUGCGAACUGCAGGAUCGUAAGCUGUCCAAGACCGAGCGUCAGAGAUUCAAGGAGGAGGCAGAGAUGUUGAAGGGGCUCCAACACCCCAACAUUGUCCGUUUCUACGACUCCUGGGAGUCCCCGUCCAGAGGGAAGAACUCCAAGUGCAUUGUCCUGGUCACGGAGCUCAUGACCUCUGGCACCCUGAAAACGUACCUAAAACGGUUCAAGGUGAUGAAGAUCAAGGUCCUGAGGAGUUGGUGUCGGCAGAUCCUCAAGGGCCUCCACUUCCUGCACACACGGGCCCCUCCCAUUAUCCACCGAGACCUGAAGUGUGACAACAUCUUCAUCACCGGUCCGACCGGCUCCGUCAAGAUUGGAGACCUGGGAUUGGCUACCCUGAAACGGGCCUCCUUUGCCAAGAGUGUCAUAGGUACCCCAGAGUUCAUGGCCCCGGAGAUGUAUGAGGAGAAGUACGACGAGUCGGUGGACGUGUACGCCUUCGGGAUGUGCAUGUUGGAGAUGGCCACGUCAGAGUACCCCUACUCCGAGUGUCAGAACGCAGCGCAGAUCUACCGCCGUGUCACCAGCGGAGUCAAGCCGGCCAGCUUCGACAAGGUCGCCAUACCAGAGGUGAAGGAGAUCAUCGAGGGAUGCAUCCGCCAGAACAAAGACGAGAGAUACGUUAUUAAGAUCCUGCUGAGCCAUGCAUUCUUCCAGGAGGAGACUGGCGUGCGAGUGGAGCUGGCCGAGGAGGACGAUGGGGAGAUGAUCGCCAUCAAACUCUGGCUGAGGAUAGAAGACGUGAAGAAGCUGAAGGGCAAGUACAAGGACAACGAAGCUAUCGAGUUCUCCUUCGACCUCAACAAGGACAUCCCCGAAGAUGUGGCUCAGGAAAUGGUGGAGUCUGGCUAUGUGUGCGAAGGAGACCACAAGACGAUGGCCAAAGCCAUCAAAGACAGAGUGUCUCUGAUCAAGAAGAAGAGAGAGCAGAGGAAGCUGGUCCGAGAGGAGCUGGAGAAGAGGAAUCUAGAGCAGCAGAAAGCCCAACAGGCUCCCAAGCAGAGCCAGGUACCCCCCCAGGGCCAACCCAGCGCCCCGACCCAGCCCCCCGGCGUCCCGGCCCAGCCCCCCGGCGUCCCGGCCCAGCCCCCCGGCGUCCCGACAGACCAGGAGGAGUCGGAGGUGGACCCCCACCAACACCAGCUGAAGUACCAGCUGGACCACAUAUCGACGACAUCGGACGGAGCCAUGGACGCUGGCCCGGGUUCCUCCAUGUUUACGGAGUCCCAUCAGCAGACCUUGUCCUAUAGCAACACCCCCGCCCCCCCGCAGCAACAGCAGGGCCAAUCACAGGCCCCCUACCCUGCAACCUGCUCCCAGCAGCUGAAUGCCUACCAACAGCAGACCAUGCCAGUGCAGCAGAUCUCUACCCCCCAGCCGAACGGACACCCACCGGCCCCAACCUCCCAACCAUCUUCCAUCGUCCCCCAACAGGUCUCUCCCCCCCCCACCACCCAGCCCCUGGCCUCAGUGCCCCCAACACCACAGCAGGUGGGGAACACCGGGUCACAGAGCCCCUCUCAGACCCAGCUUACCUCUGUACCCCAGGCCGCCCAGUCUGUCUGUCUGCCGCAUGGGGGUCUUCAGCUGUGUGUUAGUGAGAUGGGCUCUCCUGUGGGCAUGUCUCCAUCGCCCAGCGCUGAACACCUCUACUAUCUCUACAAGGCUCACCAGCUAGCUCUGGUCCAGUCAUGCAGCGUGGCUCCGCCUCCUCCCUCAGUGGGGCUUCUCUCCGUGGUCCUCGGCACCACGCAGGCCGCCAGGGCGUCCCCGGUGUCACCGCAGACCUCCGUAGCGCCGGCCGCCUUGCCUCACUCCCUCCCUGGCUCUGUGUCCCCUCCCGCUAUGGUGACGCCGCCGGCGGCCCCACUUCAGACGCCCAUUCAGCCGCCGGCUGCUGUUGUGCCGGUCAUCAGCGUAGCCGGCCCCUCCCCGGAGCUGCCGGGAGAUGCCCGUACCCAGACUGGGGUCCAGCCUUUGUCUUUGGAACAGUCGCUGUUACAGCUUCCACAAGUGCCUUCAUCUAUGGAAAGCGGACACUCUGACGUGGCGUCCGGUCUCAGCGACGGCAACGAUGGAGGUAGAGUCGAGGGCCGUUCAAUCAAGCGACACCAGAGGCGCUCUGUACGGAGUCGCUCGCGCCACGAUAAGAUCGGCAAAGCGAAGCUGAACGUGCUGAAUAUCUCCAACAUAGGCGACAGAGUAGCCGAGUGUCAACUGGAAACGCACAACAGGAAGAUGGUGACUUUCAAGUUUGAUCUGGACGGCGACAACCCGGAGGAAAUAGCUCAGAUCAUGGUCACAAGUGAGUUCAUCCUGGAGAGCGAGAGGGAGUCGUUCAUCGAUCAGGUUCGCGAGGUCAUUGAGAUGGCAGACGAGAAGGGUCUGGAAAAAUACGGAAACACACAGAUUCCUUCCCAGAUGGUUGGUGAUUUGCAGCAGCAGAAGAUGCAGGUUCCUGUAACAUCGGAGCCCAUGCCAGGUGUGCCCCCCAGUGCCGCCCAGGUGGUUACCUCUGCCGGCAGGAGGUUUAUCGUCAGCCCCGUGCCGGAGUCCAGGCUGAAGGAGCAGUUCUUUCCUGCCAUGGCAGAUCCGGACACGGCACGGCUGAGAUCCGACUCCGAGUCCUCUCAGGCCUCCUACACCUCCACUACUGUAGGUGGGGGUCAGGGUCUGAGCCAGUCAGCGUCGGCAGUCACCCUUCACCAGGCCUUCUCCGAGAUGAGGAAGAACCAGGCCCAGUGCGACCCGGGUCCCAGUACCGCUCCGCCCUCCAUCCAUGUGGACUCCCAGCCCGCCCUGUUUCCUCCCACCUCCUCCACACCUCCUCCCGUAGCCUCUCAAACGCCCGCCUCUGUGUCCUCCCCUCCGCCCUUCGUCUCCAUCUCCCCUCCGGCCUCCACCUCUACACUCGGAACCAUCCACCAGGUCCAAGCCCCGACCCCCACCCCGACCCAGCUGCAGCAUGCUGCUGCCCAGCCUCCGUCCCCUCCAUCCCCGGCCCCGGCCUCCCUGCCGGUGAGCCAGCCUGUGGCCUCCACCGUACCGGCGCCGGCAGCCCCGGCCCCCACCGUGCCCUCGCCGGCGGUCCCCCCCGCCACGGUCGGCAUGGCCGCCUCGUCGUCUUUCCCCCCAGCCUCCUCCCCCGGCUCCUUCCCCGGGGGCGCCUCCGUGCCCUCCGUCUCUCAGUCCACCACGGACCCUCUGCUCCUGAGCUGCGGCGGCGUGGUGAGGGGCGGAGACGUGGGCGGAGUUGCUGAGCUGUUCCCUGCGCCCACUACCACUAUCCCGCGGCUCACCCCGACCGUGGUCCCGACCACGGCUAUCCUAGCCCCCCUCCCGGCCCCGGCGGCGGCUUCCGGCGGCUCCCAGCUGCAGGCGCCCUCCGCACCCAGAGCCCCCCCGUCCACCGGGGCUUCGGUGCCCGCUCUGCAGCCCGUCACCACCACCAUCCCGGUGGUCCAGCCCACACCGAUCCACACCCAGCCGCAGCCCUCCACCGCGCCCAACCAGACCCACGCGCAGUGUGCCGGGGAGUGUGAGGCCACGCCGGGCAUCGACGACAUCCACGCCCUGGACCAGAAGUUACGCUCGCUCUUCAUGGACCUGGGCGCCGGCGGAUCCGCACAGCCGGACGGCUACGUCGAUCCGGCCGGCGGGCCCGGAGUUCCGGGCACCUCGUCGCCGCCUGGCCUAGCGUCCACGCCCAGCUCUGUGGGAGCUGUGCCCCCCUCCAACCUCCCGCCGGCGUCCUCCGGAUUGGGACAGGCUGGUACCCCCGGCGCCUACACCCAGACCACCCCGGCCAAAGCACCUCUGUCCAGGGCAAUGGUGCCUGUUGGCUCAGAUCAGACCCAGGCUGGCCCCCCUCCUCCUUCAGACCACCUGGCUCCGCCCUUCCCUGGACCCUGUCUAACCCAGUCCCAGCAGCCACUGGGAGACCUGGAUGCCCAGCUGAGGAGAGCCCUGAGCCCAGAGACUGUACCUGUCAGCAGUGGUCUCAUGCAGUCCCCCGCCCCUGGGAUGGCUGCAGUUUCCCAGCCAGAGCCGUUCUCGCUGGAUGGGGGACCGGUGACAUCACCUACAGCUGGAGGAUUCAAACUGGGUCGAUUCCAGGUCUCUGUGGCUGCAGACGAGGGUCCUGUCUUUUCACCCCCUCCCAGGAGCUCGGCAGAAUCCUCCACCUCCUCCUCCUCUUCCUCCUCCUCCUCUCUCUCCAGCCCAGAGAACACACUGCACAAGGCCGCCUCCCCUCAGAGAGGAGGUCAGACCGCGGGCGGAGAUGUGGUGGACGGCCUCCCCUCCCUCCCCCAACUGACCUCCCCCUCUGCCUCCCCUCUGCCCACCACCAUUGGCCGCUUCCAGGUCACCACAAACACCAUCCCAGAGGCCAGGGUGGGCCGCUUCUCUGUGAGCCCAGCCCAGGAUGAAGCAUCUGAGGGUGGUUUGGAGCAGCAACCCGCUACCCAGGCUAACGGGCCUAGUAGCCCUGGGCCUGACCCAGCCCCUGUGCUCCUCAGCCCAGAAGGGAAACAGAGCUCCCUGCCCAGCCUCAACAACUCCAUAAACUCCUACAUGAGCUCUGAUAACGACUCCGAGUUUGAGGACGAGGAGUUCAAGAGGCAGGUCAACCGGUUACAGGAAAAGCAUAUGAAGGAGAUCCAGGCCCUGCACACUAAGCAGAAGAAUGAGAUUGACUCCCUGUUUGCCCGGCUGGGCAAGGAACCUCCCGCCAUGGUGGUCCCACCCGCCGUGGCUCCGCCCGGGCGCCGGAGGCAGCGCACCAAGAGCAGGAGCAAGUCCGGACGCGGCAGCUCCUCUCAGGGGAGCAAGAGCCCCCUGCAGCCAGGCAGCACUUUAUCCGCACAGAGUGCCCCCUCAGUGUGCACCCCACCCCAGGCUCUCCUGCCCUCCCCGGGCCAGUCCCCCGGGGGCUUUCUCGACCUGCGCCCCGCCUCGGGGAGCCGCGCCCGGCCCCUCAAGUUCCCCGGCCCCUCCAGUGAGAACCUGUGCUCCGCCUACGCCAGUGAUGCUACGCUGUCUGUGCCCAGUCUCUGCGCCCCCACCCAAGGCUGUGUAACAUUCAACUGUGGCUCGGAGAGAGUGACCAUCAAACCAGGUGGCAGACGGACCCGUUUUCUGAGUACGCCCUGCUUGGCUCUUUGGAAGAUGGUGAAAAAAGUCUGCCCCUGCAACCAACUCUGUAGGACCAGCAGUAUGAACACAGUCAGUGUGCCGGGGGUCCAGGGUCCGGUUCUGGGACCGGUGGGCCCCGCCCCCCCCAGCGCUCCCCAGCAAGGCCGAAAAGGCACGUUUACCGACGACCUGCACAAGCUGGUGGACAACUGGGCCCGCGAUGCCAUGAGCCUGUCCCACGGGAAGAGCCGCUCCAAGCACCAACAGCAGCCCUCGCAGGGCCACAGCUACGACGCAAUCCCGUCGGCCAACAAGGGGCGUAAGAACUCCGCCCCGAGUCAGCUGUGCCCCGGUAACACCUCCUCCAUCCCUUCUACCUCUCUGGGGGGCCGCAAGGGCUCCCUGUGCCCCCCUGCCCAGUACGGGGGGUCGGGAGUGGGCUACCCCCCCUCUGCACCUUACAGCAGCGCCCAGUGGGCCGGAUCCGCCGGGUCCGUUCCAGGACAGGGACAGGCGGGUGUUCUGGCCUCCUCUCAGCCCCUGGUGGUGUCCCCCUCGCAAUACCCCUGUUCUGCCACCAGAGGGCAGGGCGGUUCCCUGCAGGGCUUCCACCACAUCAGCACUUUGCAGAGCUCUGUCAGCAACCCAGGAGGCCCCCACCUGAGGACCACAUAGGGGUUCGGGAGAUGGGGAGGGUGUUAGCCAGGUCGGGUCGACUGGGACCUAGACGGCCUGGAGAAGGGGGGAGGGUGUGUCCAUGUUACAAACGGAGAGGGCAAACGAUUGGGCGAGAGAGAGGAAAAGAGAGUGAACGCCCCCUUCUGUCUUUCGGGAGGAUGAAAGAAGAGAUCGAAAACAUCCCCGUCUCCUCUCCCACACAGGAGGACUACAUCCUAACCCCGUCUCCUUUCGCCCUAGCUUGACGGCAGGGAACCGCAAUGAUGAACGCCAACGGACACACGAGUGCAUUGUGAAGUGGCCAAAGAGAGGGUUGUUGUGACAAUUACUAUUGUUAAAUGUGUGUGUGUGUGUGUGUGUGUGUGUGUGGCGAUGGGGUUUCUUCCCUGCCUGGUCCUGACAUGCACUCCAUUGCAGAGCACAGAGUGCUAUGUUGAACUCAGUGAGAGGCUCUAGGUGAGAAAAGGGGAGGGGUCAGGACCCAAUCAAGGAAGGGGUGUGUCUGUGGUCGCGUGCCAUUGCAGCUAGAUCACCUAAGACGUAACGCCCCUCCUAAUCGACUCGAGACCCAUGACAAUUCCACUCUUCCUCCCGUCUGCUGACUCCAGCUGUGACACCUGACCCCGGUUGAUUAUUCCAGUGACACGAUCAUAAAGUACCUGGCUUGGUAUUACAGGACUGUUACAGUAGCCUGCUUUUCAAUACAGUGAGGUAAGAUACAGUGCAUUACAGUGCAGUAGAAUCUAUUGCCGUAGAAUACAGUACAUUAUAGUACAGUACAGUGCAAUGCAGUAGAAUACAAUCCAGUGCAGUACAACAUUGGAAAGUGCAGUGCAGUAUAAUUCUGGUUGAUGGAGAUUUGAGGUUAUGGGGCAUGAUACUGGAAUGGUGCACUGGUGUGCAGCUGGUCAGGCAGUGAACGUCCCUGAUGACACUACCCACACUGCACUGUGAAGGCCACCGCUGGCAGUGCACUGUACGGAAGAGUGUCAAUUCGGAGGUGGCCUCGGUGGGUGUGUGGAGGAACAGUAGAAUGGCUUUGGUGGUCCACUCCCCGAUCCCCUCCCAUGUUGCCAUGAUAAUACUGUUAGCGCACAGAUCUUGAGUAAAAGCCCAUGAUCCUCCCUGGAGACAAUGACACAAAAAGUGGCCUUCGUUAUUCAAAAACAAUUCCAUGUACAGAGUCAGAAUGUCUCCAUUUGGGGUUUUGUUGGUCAUUUUAGUUGUGUGUUUUUGUUUUGUCCUCUGUCGCGCUGAACUGAGGCUGAGGAGACGCGUCGGUAGUAUGAUGAAAAGAAGGGUCCCCAUCAGUUGGCUGUCACCCUCUCUCCUGCCUCCUGCAGAGGAAUUCCUCCAGGCCAGUAUAGGGUCUUUAGAGAAACGACAACUCCCAAUAUAGGGCCUUUAAAGAAACUACAACUCCCAGGAAAAAGCCAUUAAAGAAACUACAACUCCCAAUAUAGGGCCUUUAAGGAAACUACCACUCCCAGUUUAAAGCCUUUAAAGAAACUACAACUCCAGUAUAGGGCCUUUAAAGAAACAAGUGUAUCCCUGUAUCAUCUAUCAGCUAAUGGUUACUGCUUUUUGGAGUGUACUAUAUCUAGGAGGUCCCUGAGGUGACCCUCCCAUCUGAACAGGAGUUCCAUAGACUUAAACCUACUGGGUCCUCAAUGGUAAUUUAGCAGGCGUAAGGAAGGGGUGUGUUUGUUUCUCUUCGUCGCAGAUUGUUUUAAUGGUUGAUGAGGAGCUGGGUCGAAAGGUUAGUGUUGGGAUCCUGAUCCCAGAUUGGGAGGAGCAGGAAAAGCACAGGAGGUGGGUUGUGCCGUAUGUAUGUCCCUAGCGACGUACUGGCUGUCCUGAAGGAGGGUCUUACUAGCUUUAAAAACCCUUCUCCUGUAACCAGUGUAACAGCUUUUAUAAUCACAAGGGGAAAAAAAGCGUUAGGGGCCUCAAUCUCUCAACUUCUUUUCAGUAGUGUGAUUCAAAACAAAAUGUACAUUGUUAUAUUUAAAAACAACAACAAAAAAAACAAGUGUGUUCUGUACGGACAUGUAUUUACCCAUCAGUUUUUGAUGUUGAAACACUGUGAUUAUGAAUGUUGUUGGACAACAUUAGUUUAAGAGAAAAAUAUACAGAAAGGAUUUUUACAAAAAAGACAAAGUUGGAGGAAAUUUAAACAGUGGAUUGUUAAUACUUUGACAAAAAAAAGUAAAAGGCUAGCUAUUUUCCUUACACAGUACUUAUCAAUGACACUUUAACCUUCCUUCCCUUUGUACUUUCUUCUACUUUCUUUAUAUUAGAUAAAAAUGUGAAUGUAAAAUGGUCUCAAUUAACGUACUUGAAUAAUAACGUGGGCGUCCCAAAUAGCAGCCUAUUCCCUACACGGCGGACAACUUUUGACCAAGGCUGGAUCUGGGCAGAUGGAGGACAAAUGUAGUACACUAAAUAGGGAAUAGGGUGGCAUUUAGGAUUCACCCUUGGUCUUUUUUUUUUUUAUUUCCCCAUCUUCUCCCCCCCUCCCAAGUACCCCAGUAAGAGCUUUGCUGGAGGCAGUGGUGCCUUGAUUUAUUUUGUGUAGCUUUUAGUUUUUUGUUGUUGUUGGUCAUGCUGGAGUUACAGAAGCACUGUUGAUUGGUGCUUCAUUGGAGUGCAUUACCAGCUAGUUGGGCUAAGUUCAAAGGUUGAAGGUACACCGCAAUUUGGGGAGAGGAAGGGGAGGCCGGGGUAACUAAUAUCGGCGCCAUUUAUUUUUGUAGUGGUAAAAAAAUAAUAUAGAUUCUGGGGGAAAGACAGGCUUAGUUCAGGACUAGGGAAAGUAGGAAAGGGGGAUUUUAAUGAAACAUUUUCAAAAAAGACAUGUUUGAGCUUGGCCAUCAGAGUGAGGCUGGUCAGGUUUAUCUAGCCUGAACAACGAACAGGCGGUUACAUCCGUCACACCACCAUGUUGCGUUUGUGUUGGCGUUCCUGGGUCACGUUUCUAGAACCAUUCGUCCGAUGUGCAUGAGAUCACUGGACACCCCGCUGUCUGGCCUUCGAACGCCUUUCGUGCGAGUCAGGCACCCAGCAGCGCAUCAUAGGAGCCCGGUGUUGGAGACAGAUGCCAGACAGGAGAAACAUUGACGAGAAAGUGAGUCAGUGAGUAAGUGUUCGUGGGAAUGUCUCAAAACAGUUGAAACCGGGUAACGUUGUGGGCUUGUACGUGGAGCAGUCUGUGUGUGAGUUCCAAACAGCACCCUGUUCCGUCGUUCAGUGGCCUAUUUUCAACAUGAUGAUUUAGCCAAGAUUAGUGCGCUGAAACAAGGAAUGUGUCGCCUUUUUGGGGGACGCAGACUUUGCAGUAGUGGAUGUGAUGAGCCCUUUAAUGUCGUGAUGUGAAAGUGGAGUUUGCGGUGGUAGAGCAUGGGGGAGGCAGUGCAGCAGGGGAGAGGUCAGGGAGGCCAUCCAAUCUCCAACACCAGGCUACCUUGCUGCUGGGUUUGAUGACAACACUCAAACGGCGGAAGCCCCUCAGUGGCGCUGCCCACUCCGAAACGGCUUUUAUGCAGUGGAGGCCUCUAUCACACUCUAUGGUGUGACCAACAAGUGACUUCCUCACCGCCAGUGCUGGAACGGGCGGGUCGAGUCCCCCGUCAUCGUCUUAACGCUGCCCGUUCUUGUUAAUAAACACCCCUGAGGCUUUUAGUGCUGUAGCUUCUGGUCUCGUAGCAGUUGGAAAGUGACGCCUCCUCACAAUGAUACGAAGUAAAUGCUUUGUUAAAUCGUUUUCAUUUUUCUGUUCAUUCAAGAUGUGGAUGGGUUUUCGGUUGACGUCCUUCUGGUCUUUUUUUCUUUUCUUUGUUUUUUAAUUUUUUUUGAUCUACGGUGUCUCCGUUCCUGUUUUACUGAAAAUGUGUACGGUCAAAUCUGUGUAUGACAGAAAUGGUUCAUUCAUCCUGCUUUCCUUUUUCUGACCAACUGUACAAAACUAUUAGGUGGAGUCAAACGUUUAAAAGUGAUAACUUAGAAAAGUGAAACAGUGGAUUUUUACAGUAAAACGUGUCACCGUAACUACUGAUUAGCUUACAAGGACUGCUAGACCUAUCUCCUACUUAUCGCUUUAGCUUUCUCCGUAGGCCUACUCCGGUACAGGUGUUGAUCCUUUGAAAACCGACGAUAGAUUUUCAACCAUUUGUCUUUUGAGAGUGACUAUGUUGUAUUCUGGAUAUUUAAAACUGUAAAAAAAAAAAAAAGAAAUUGGGUUUUGUUAGUUUUUUUUGCUUUGUAAAACGUUGCUUAUGCCUGUUUUGCAGAUUACCAGAGACUACCAGUGUAGUAAAGUAGGCUACUUAGCAAGUUUGGUUGAAGCUGUGAACAUGACAAAAUGCCACUUUGCUUAGUUAUUUAAUUGACUAUCAUAAUUCUGAAGGGUUAGGGUUAGGAACAAUAAAAAACCUGUUCAAUGCCUCCAAGUGCCAUGCGGAUUGUAAAAAAAUAAAAUAAAUCUGCUCUCUAAAAAGAGCAAUCUGUUUACUACGUUAAUAUGUAGCCUAUGUCGAGUACAAUGGCAAUGCAGAAUAUGCAACGGUGAACGAAGCUGUGUUGACAUUACAGCUGUGAAAGACCUCCCGGAUGACCACAUUUACACUAGAUCUUCACCAGAGGAUUAUUUCGCUAAUCGGUAUGGCGGGGAGGUAGCCGACCACGACUGGGUCGGAGCUGCAUUCCCGAGGUAGUUACUGAUUCAAAAGUGUUACAAUAUUCAUUUUUACCGCCAUUCGGAAUAGCGAUCGAUUCUGCUACUAAUCUUGCUGAGGUUUUGCUUUUCGUUCUUGUUUUACGACUACUCGUUUGACUUCCUGUAACCGAUACGCCCUGCAAAGUGCCGAUACUAUGUGGGAAUGCCAUUCAAUGCCGACACACACACGACUGGUUGAAUAUACAACAUGCUUGUUUCUAUUAAUAUGAUCUUGCAUGCUAUCUCUGAUUCUUCACAGCACAGCCUAUUAUUCUGAAGUUAUCACUAAAUAACCGAAGUGAAAAGAUACACACCCAGCCUCACAGAAAUCUAAAGUAUGAAACAAUGGAUUUUUUUAUUUUAUUUUUGCCAUUUUGCUCUCCUGUGGUAAAUACAACAGAGCAGUGCGUUUAUUCAAUGACACUGAGCUGUUGUUAAGUUAUUUUGUUUCGUACUACCUAUCUGAUUCUUGUUUUACGACUUUGUGUCUCUAGAUACCUCUAGUGACUUAAUUCAGUGGUUUUUCUGUAUGCUAUUUAACAUUGGACAAAAUGAUACAAAAUUAAAUAAAAAUAAAUAAAAAUGAAAACCAAACAAAAACAUGUAGGGAAUCAUUGGCCACCUUUACAGUAUGUUUUGCACUAAGUAUAGGGUGUUCAAGCUUCAUAUAAAACAUGUGCUUUGCGCUCCAAUGAAAUAUAUUUGUUACUUUAUUUGUAAACUUAAUAAACAAAACUCAUUUAAACGAA